CUUUAAUCCUAGUCGGAAAAGCGUCAUCGAUUGUAGGAAUGCGCGCCGUCAGUUUGUAUCCACAACACAAGCCUUAGCUAUUUUCUACUUUUCACGUCACUUAGUACUUCUCUAAACACAUUCACAGCUUUCGCAUUUAUGAUUUCUCAUUUCAGCAAAUACUCAUUUUUUACAACUUUAAAUCCGGCGUCGCGCAUUCAGCAAGCAAUUCAUCGCGAAACAAUGGUUAUCAUAGGGCUCCGUUCUUGUGUCGCUUUCUUCUUGAGUUUUGCAUCCUGCUCUGGGGGCGCAACAGUGGAGAAAACCUCCGAGCGCCCAACUCGUGUACAUGACCAAGUGCCUUGCGGGGAGGAUCCUGCGACAGGUAUGAUAGAGUAUUAAUGUCACACAUUAAUCAGCGCACGUCAGCCUUUUUUCUGCAAGAAGGAAAAACAAGGCACGGGUAAGCGAAAUACAAGAUUAGUUAAAGAAUCGCCCAUUGCUAAAUUUCAUUUGAUUUAGCUUUUUUCAUCGACAUGAAGUCGAUGGCAGUCCCCUAAUAUAUCUGACGCCGAGUGUGAGUUCUUCGGAUACGCGAAAGAAUUUGCGUCCGACAUUUUCUCUUCAUCGGAUAGUAGCGGUUCUCGCCUUCCAUCGGCUGUAGGCGGUGGAUGGACGUCGCAGGUGGAGGCGCUUGUAGAUGGUUUUUCCGAGCAGCAGGCAGCUUCGGGUGACGAUGCCGGCAGGGCUGCGUCGUGGUCUCGUCCAGAGGAGGUGGCAACGCACGGGAGUGAAGCAUUGCGAAGUUUGCUAAGUCGCAUUGUCAAGCCGGGGCUGCUCGAUUCUUCGGCUCCACUUUCCGGUACACUGAGUGCUGCACUGCGACUUCUUUCCCUGUUUCACACCAAAGUGGGCAACGCGCUUUCGCACGCACUCUUGGUUCAAUCAGGCGCGCUUCCUGCCUCGGUCCUUCCCACGGUGCGCACCCCAACCACGGCGGGCGAGAACGCUACGACGGACAAAAGCUAUUACGGGCAUCAUCAAUUUGAAAUUUACUCUUGAACAAAAUUAACACAGAGCAUUUGCGAAUAAAUGAAAAUGGUGAUACAUCAUGACGUUGGAAACCUGGUUCUAUGCAGAGUAGUUGACGUGAGACCACGACACUAGUAUUCGAUAUUGAAUCCUUCGUCGAGGGCACUUGUUCAUACUUCUGCUCCGUCAUUCGCUUCGGAACGUGAGCGCGGAUUGUUUCUCGCAGGAUGCGAACACGCGGACGUUCUGGAACGCAGUCGCGCCUUCGCCCGGGCGAAGCAGACGCACUUUGCGGCGCUGUUGCAAUCGCCCAUAAUGCAGAUGGUAUUUGCCAAGAUGCGCAAGAUACAAACUGUUGAGUUACAGAUCGAACAGCGCUUCGAGUACACGGGGACAAAUCUCAACCGGCAGUCCGAUUACUGGAUUACAUCCCUCCCGGGUAUGCACGAGCCAGCGCUGUCCGGGCAUCCGUUGCUCAAGCAUUAAGAUUUUUUCAUCCCUCAUUCAUCCUGAUGAAAAGCUGCACUUCUCACCCUUUUGAAUUUAAAGUGUGACUCCGCGGCCCAGAAGAUACGAGUAGAAGAGGUCUAAAAACCAUUGCGCAAAAUAGGGCCACUUCUUUCACACCAGAAUGAAGAACAUGGUACUGAUAUCCCGUCCUAUGAACUGGAAACACAAGCUCAGCCCGCUACCGUGGAAAUCAUGCACGCGGGGCGCACGUCAGGGCUUGCUGGAUGUCAUGCCGCCGGUCCUGCUGCGAAGUUCUGUGAGCUCCUUGCGCCUGAAGUGAAAUCUUCGCAAGCGGACCAAGGCUUGGCGUUUGCGGAGGAGGCAACGACGUUUGUGUUUGAGCCUACUAAGUUACAACACUUUCAGCGAGGUCGCUGGACCGAGUUGCGUAGGUGUAGCAGCAACGCAGGUCUCCUAAUCUUGUACAACGGCGGUAAUUACACCAUGGAAGUUGUUGUCCAGGACGCAGGGACCGAAACGAAAGUGCGACCGCAACGUGCAGUUCUUAUGUUUCAGAAACAUAGAAAAAGAUCAAAUAGGUGCAGAAGGUUCUUGGCGGCCGUCGCGACGCAGAACAAGAAGAAUCUCGAGAUCCCAAAAACUCACAGCAAAAAUCCUCUCAUGAAUUAGUCUGGAUUCAUAAAAAUAGUUUUUCUUCCAUCAACUUUUAGCUUGUGUGUGUUCUCUUUUUCAUUGGUCGUUUGUUGCAUUAGAACUUUGCAUUUACUUGCUGUUGUACGCGACUACACUCGUACAACAUCUUACUGGCUUUUCUUUUUUCAUGGCAUUUCUGGACACAUGUCGUCACCGACCAGCUGUGACAGUCGCUGAGGAUUCGCCCGCAUUGUUGAUUCCGAUUUGGCACCCGAUGGUUCCUCCCCUGGAGCGACGCCGAUUAGCAGCGCCGCUUCUUCGAGAGCGAAUGCCAGAGAAGCAAGCACACGAAACGGGAGAUCGAAUUUUAGAUGCAGGAGACAAGAAUUGGGCCUCACUUGUCCGCGACCAUUGGCGCCGUGCGGAAGCGGCCCACAUACCGACUGUCUUCUUCGAUCCGAACAAGAGAAAUUCGAAGAAACCUCCUCGACAAGAUUUGUAAGGUGAAAUUAUUCGUCUCCUUCCUUUUAUACAGCGAGUAGGGAAUCAUGGAUGUUGGUGUCUUGCACGACCAUGCGAACCAACAUGAAAAGUUUUUCAUCUUAUCGAUACACGGACCGCUC